GCUUUAUUUUCUAAAAGAAUCCAAAUUUUGUAUUUCGAAGUUACCGGGAUUCCUGUUUAGUGAAAACGCCGCCAUCUUGUUUAACAAAUGACUCUCUAAAAGAUCAAACAUUCUGCUAUAUUUUUCUCUACAAAGAAGCUCUGAUGUCUCAUAAACGACCAUCUAAACGCAGCGAUGCACAAAGCCAGUAUUCGCCAGCAAAUGAAUAUUUUCAGCCAAAACGCUCAAAGAUUGAAGAACAUGCCGAACAAGAAGAGUCGUCUGUAAGAAGAUCUUCAAGAGCGCCAAAACCAAAGCUCUUUGACGACGAGUACUUGGAUACAUUCCGCUCAUCUUUAGAUGAUAAYGAACCCCGUUUACAGAAGGAAAGGGCUCUCUCACCCGMAGAACAGUCAGAUAGUCAAGUUUAUUCUUUAUCCAACACUGCAAUUCUUGACAGUGAUUCCAGCAGACGAAAGUCAUCGCGUCCUCCAAAACCUAAAGUAUUUAAUGAAGAUUUUAUAGAUUCUCCAAGAAAUAAACUUGAUUCUAAGUCAGCUGCAAAAGAAAUAGCAACAAAAARCGAGGAUGAUCAUGCCAAACAACAUAGUUCACACAAGAAGAAAGCUGAGAAWAAAGAAAWAAGUAAGAUUUCUCAGAAGAAGYUGGUUUUUAGUCCUGCAARYAAUAAGGGRAAUAUUGAGCUAAAAGGGAAUUCAAAGAGUAAAAAAACAGGCAGCAAAAACUUAAGUUAUUAUUCCGAGAGUCRUGUGCAAGAAAGUACAAGUUUCUUAGUUGGGAAUCAAUCAMCUACAGCUACUGAUGAAUCAUCUAAAGUUAGACAUUCAUCGAGAACACCAAAACCUAAGAAAACCUUUGCUUUGAUAGAAGAUACAUCAUUUGAUGCCAACAAAGACAGCUUGGAUGAGGAACCUACAGUUGAUGUUAUAUCUGACGUGAGCAUAACCYCAAAGAGUGCUGCAAAGUUGGGCAAGAAGCAUAGCAUCAAACCRGGCKUUCAUAGUCAAAGUACGAUUAGUAUAUUUGCAAAUACUGGAGAAAUUCAAACRCCAUCAGCUUCAGAAGACUGGAGGAAGAAAGAAAGUCUAAAACUUGACRGCAGUGGCAAAAAAACUAAAAAGAAAUCCAAGAAAGUUAAACCUGAUGCUGAAAUGGUGGACGAUGYUGAGACUUCUAUUGUWGAUGUCAUAGGAGUAAAAAUUGAACAAAAGGAAAAGAAGAAAGAUGGGAAAGAGAAAAGCAAAAAGAGCACAAGUAAAGAUAUGGCAGUGACCAAAGACAAGCUUGAUAUUGAAGRCAGCUCAGUUUUAAAAAUUGAUAAUACAAAAGUUAAAAAGAAGUCAAAGAGAAAAAUAGAUAAACUGGAAUCUUUAGGUGGUAAAGUGGAAAGUCCUUUAGAAAAGGCAUCUUCAAAGCACUCGUCCAACCAACAUAGUAAAAAAACACAUUCAAAACAUGCAAAAACAAAACACGACAGACCUCAUUCUGAGACUGAGGAUAAAKACAAACACAUUAUACUAAAACUCCAUCUUCCUCACACAGAAACCUCAAGUCACCCACACUCUCACAAGAAACAUAAACACAAACAUCACUCAUCAGAUARUAAAACAGAAACCUCAUCAAGUGAUGGAAAAGCCAAGAAGAGAAAAUUGCCAAUGGAUGUCAGUUCAUCUGGUGAAGAAAAACAGAAGAAGGUGUCAAUCAAGUUCAAAGGACUUUCAACCAGCAAACCAGAUGUUGAAGUUGAUACAGAGUCACCAUUUACACCACCAAAUGCURGAAAAACUGUCAAAGAACCUGAGGUUAAAAAGAAAAAGGCUAAGAAACACAGCCAUGAUGCAGCUACUCCUUUGAUUCCUUCCAAUGARCAAGAACAUGUUAAGGUUAUUAUCAAAAAAAGCAAGAAAGAAGUCAAGGUUGUAGAAAUGGAAAGCAAAGAAAAACUUCAAAGUAAAACACAACCAAAGGAACCAAAACCUAAAGCAAAGGAAACUAAAGUUGUUAGCAAAGAAACUGAACAAAAAAAGCCUAAAAGUUCACCAAAGAAGAAGAGCAAAGCUGGUGGAACUCCUGGAAAAAGUCCCAAUGACAAAGAGAAAAAGAAGGCUGUCACAGGAUAUCUUCUGUUUUGCAAGAGCAAAAGAUCUCAGAUUGCAGAGGCUAACCCUGAAUUAGACUUUCCUCAGAUAAGUCAAAAAGUUGGAGAAACAUGGAACAAUCUUCCAGAUGAAGAAAAGCAGAAAUGGAGAGAUAAAGCAAGCAUUAUCAAAGCCAAGUUUAAUGAGGACAACAGAAAUGAAUUGAAAAAGUCAGGMCCAGAUGUUGUGGAUAUGGCUGCCCAYCUGAAACUUCUUGGGGAAUCUUUAGGUCUUAUAGGAGCUAGCCUCAUGGCUCAGCGAGGGACAGAGGUUCAUGGGUCGUUAUCAGUGCUUCUAGACUCUAUUUUGUGUGCAAUAUGUCCCCUGACUUUUCUGACAUCACAUAUUCCAGGAAUUCCUGGUGUUGCCAAGGAAAARCAGGUUGAUAUUCUUGACGACUUGGCCUACACAAUGCCUGGCCUCGGUUAGUGGAGCAUUCCAACAAUCUUUUCUAGUCGUUUUUAGUUAUAUUUCUAAUUUAUAGUGUAAAUUCAUCAACAUUUUAACAUUUUAAUACC